AUGGGAAAGAUAAUUCAAGAAGUCCUUUUCUUGCUAUACUGUGUCUUCAUUCUUCUUGGGAAUUAUUCAACAGUUGAAGCAUCAAUUGGAGUUUGUUAUGGUCGUGUUGGUACAAAUCUCCCACCAAUUUCAGAAGCUAUCAAUCUCAUAAAAUCAAAUGGCAUUUCAAGAAUUAGGCUAUUUAAUCCAGAUCCAGAAGCAUUACAACCAUUUUGUGGAACUGGAAUUGAGCUCUUGAUUGGAGUUCCCAAUGAAAUCCUACCUACCCUAGCCAAUAAUCCAGUGACAACCUCCAUUGAAUGGCUUCAAUCAAACAUUUUUGCUCAUGUUUCCCCUAAUCAAGUUAAAUAUUUAGUAGUUGGCAAUGAAAUAUUCCUUAAAGAUCCAUAUUACUCCCCUUAUAUAGUUCCUACAAUUACAAAACUUUACCAAGCUCUUCAAACAUUAGGCCUAGCUACAACCAUUAAGCUUUCUUCUUCCCAUGCAUCUACCAUACUUUCCAAUUCAUACCCUCCAUCAUCUUCAACUUUUGAUUCUAAUAUCAAACCAUUUCUUCUUCCUUUAUUACAAUUCCUACAUGACACCAGAUCACCAUUAAUGGUGAACGUGUACCCCUUUUUUGCGUACAUUAAUAAUCCAAAGUAUGUUUCUUUGGACCAUGCACUAUUUAGGUCAUCAUAUGUGGAAUAUGACCAGAACUUGGAUUAUGACAACAUGUUUGAUGCUUCCAUUGAUGCAUUUGUUUAUGCCAUGGAGAAGGAAGGAUUUGAGGGCAUUCCUGUGAUGGUCACGGAGACCGGGUGGCCAACUGCUGGAAUUGAUGGUGCGAGCAUUGACAAUGCCUUUACUUAUAAUGAGAAUAUUGUGAGAAAAGCUUUGAACAAUGUGGGUACGCCUAAAAGACCUGGAGUUGGCUUAGACAUUUUUUUGUUUGAUCUGUUUGAUGAGAAUGGAAAGAGUGGAGAGGAGUUUGAGAGGCACUUUGGUAUUUUUGGAGAUAAUGGAAUUAAGGCCUAUGACAUUAGGUUCAACUAGAGUAAGAUAUAUAUGUGUGAAAAAAUAGAGUGAAAUUUUCUCUCA